GAAUAUUAAUUAAAAUUAAUGAUCCCAGGAGGACCAAUAUCACAGUGUUUGCUUGAAAUAAAGGAAAAUUGUCCACCUUUGCAACACGUGAACUACAGCAAUAAAAAGUCAUUUAGACAUUGUUUAGAUUCAAUCACUUAAAAGAUUCCAAUAAUAAAAUCAAUUCAUAAACUACGUUUGGAUUAGGAAUAAAAAAUAUACUAGAAUAUUCAUAAAGUUAAGAAAUUGAAUUUAAUGCAUGAAAUACAUUAAGUUAAUCCUAAAUUGCAUAAUGAAUUAAAAAAAAUUUAGUAUGAUCAACUGACCCUGAAAUAUGGUAUUAAAUAAUAAAUAUAAAAGCCGAAUACAAACAAUAGCAAGAGUAAUACACUGAUACAUUAUCUGAUACUCAGGAUAGUUAUAUUAAGUAUUAACAAUAGUUAGAAAAUCAUGAAUCAGGAAUGAAAAUAUUUCAACACAGACCUCUCAUUCGUAAUAUAAUGGAAGAAUAUGAUUAAGAAGACAGCAUCUACAGUGAUUCAUAUAUCAAUAAAUAUUUGGAUCUAAAUUGAGUAUUAUAUAAUUAAUUGACC